CGCAGCACACUUGGUUCGGAGGCUCUGCUUGGGUAAGACUGGGACGCACUCAGUUGCUCUGGGAGGAGACUUGGCGGAAGCUCCAGGUGCGUAGUUUAAACCCUGACGAGGCUAGGGCUGCCUAGGAAACAGCGAGUGUGGAGUUCUGCGCCUGCGCACGUUUGGGUAGGGCGCCGCCUAAUGACGCAUUGCGCACGCGUGCGCCAGUGGCCAGUGAGAGUCCGGAUGGAGUCGGAGUUGAUCCUUCGAAGGGUGUCGGCGCUGCAGGCCUGCAUCCGGGGCUUCUUGGUCCGACGCCGAUUCCAAAGACUUCGAGCUGAGUAUGAGUUGAUUGUACAGGAGAUCGAGGGAGGCCUGGGCACACUUCAGUGGAGUUCGGGCUACAUUCCCAGGCCCUGUUUUCUCCCAAAGAAGGCAAAAUCCCAUCGCUUUUGGAAAGCAGGAGAGAAAGUACCAAGUCCAGAGCAGGAACGAUGGAGCCACUUCUCCUUUAAAAAGUCUGAGGAAAAGAUCAUCUGGGAAGAGAUGGGACUGAAGAAGACAGAAGAGAUCUCAGCAAAAUCAGGAAGUCUUUUCAGAGAUGACAGCUCCUGGCUUCAGGUUGAGCACAGCAAUGAAACCAAGUAUCCCAGCCAAAAGGAGACCAGAGACACAUCAAGGAUUGAGAACCCAGUAGCCACAAGUGCAGGACUGUCCUGCAGCCAUCAUGAGCUCCAGGAGCUCCACUAUCAUCGAAGCCACUUGGCCAUGGAACUACUAUGGUUACAACAGGCCAUCAACAGCCGUAAGGAGUAUCUAAUUCUCAGACAAACACUGACAUCCCCAGAGGCAGCCCAGACCAGAGAAGAACUCAGCCUGUGCCCAGACCGUGGAGGACAGGCUUGUGAGAAGGUGUGGUCACAACGAAGCCCAUUCAGGACUACUGGAGAGCUAGACCUUCCAGAUGACUCCUGUCAGAAGGCCAAAUCACAGCCCUACAAGUCCCCAGAGAGUCUGGGCACUACCGACAAAACUACUGCUGGGGCUAAAGGCAGGGAACCAUGUCAUAGGAAGGCUGGGCCAUGGCUGUCUAUACUAUCAGAUAGCCAGGCUGGAGGGGACAGGGUGACCAAAGGGCCAGAUCAAAGAGGACAGACCUUUGAAGGUACUUUCUUGCAGCAGAUGAAACUUCUGGAGGACCAGACCUCUAGGGCCCUCAAACCUAGAACUCCCUGUUGGAAAGCCAGGACACAGCUACCUGCUCUCUGUGAAGACCCAGAUGUUGAGGACAAGUCUUUCAGAAAGCCAAACCACAAAGAGCCUGACUACCAAACAGUCAGACCACAAGAGCUAACAGAAGACCACAGCAUUUGGAAUGGGACCUUGGCGGGGCCAGAGCAUGGUCACCCGGACCUCAGGAGGGCUAAAUUACCCAAGGCACAGACACCCAGUGAUAGAAGUCCCGGAGACAGAGUGUCCAGUGAGCCUAGUCACAAAGAAUGGAAAAACCACGGAACUGCACUUUGGAUAAGGCUUCCUGAGAAUCUGUCUUCCACAGGAUUAGACGAGACGGGAGAGGACCAAUGGAGGGGCAGACCAUUGAAAACAGGACCUCCAGGUUAGACGCUGGGGAGCCAGGGAAUGAACAGGUUCUGAUGGGGACACUGUGAAAGGGCAGAAGGCAAGCCCUCAUCCUGGUACCAGCUCUACUUUCUGCCCUCAGCCCCAGCCAGUGGUGGCUAGUGGGACCCAGAGAGACUAAAGGAUAGAGUUGGCAUAAAUAGAGGGAAGAAGAAAAAAGAUACCCUUUUGUCCUCUGCCAGUGGCACAAUCCAAAUUUCAGUUAAAUCCAAAUUAAGCAGUUACCUGGGGAAAGUAAAGUGGGAGGCCUGGGGAAUAAAGGUUUUUCUUGGAUUCUGA